AUGCCGUCUAGCUCCCGUGCUCAGGAGAAGUCCGUCUCACGACUUAUAGAGCGGCUUUGCAACUGCAAGACGGAAAUUAUUACCGUCGAACGCUGUCGUAAGAUGGGAAUCGAGGUAGCCCCAAUUUCACUGGAGGACAUGGCUGAUCCGGAGUUGCGCCCGUGCUAUUUUCGUGCUACCCCGUCGGACUUUAUGGAGCAGCAUCCUAUAAACCAAAAGUAUCUGCAAGGUUUGAUGAAAGAGGACGCCCGUUUACUUACGCUUCGGGAAUAUGAUCCUGAGGUUGCCAGCAAGAGUGGCCCUACUGCUACACUGGCUGAACGCAUUGCGGCCAAUCCAGCAGGUCGAGUAAGGCAAAUCACCAGAAUUCUUGAUCAUUAUAUCUGUCAUGUGGUUCGUGAUAAUAUGCCUUAUGGAUAUGCUAUGGUACAUGUCAGGGGAUGGAGCUAUGCAUGUGAGAGCGACAUCAACCCGCUCGCAAUGGCUUACUAUGCACCGACAAACCUCAUUGCAUAUACCAAGCAUCGCACCGUUACGAUUUAUGAAGUGGACAAUCAUCGAAUGCCACAUGUGGCAAUAGUUACGGAGCACUUCACUCAUCAGGAAACCGACGAGAAGGAUUUAUAUGUUCAUGAGCUAGUCUCUAUCCUGAAAGCCAUGUCCAUACGUUACUCCCAGCCUGAAUUCGAGCAAUAUAAAGUGAUACCAGUCCUGCUGCUGUCCUUUAUGUCCCCGCAGAACGGCCGCAUUCUCGAAGCAAAUCUUGAUGAAAGAAAACUAAUUGUCCGAAGAAGCCCAAUGUACAGUUUCAAGGCCAACAGAGAUGCCCCAUUCGAGCUUUUCUCCCGUUGGUUACUCGGUGACCCCAUCGGGAUGACGUCCAUCACCGAAGAGUGA